GUCAGAUCCAAGAGAGAAACGAAGUAAAAAAAAUCACAUUAGAUCUCGAAAACGAUGCCGUACUACACGAGAGACGAGGAUGAGGUCGAUGAUUUCGACGAGUUCGAUCCAACGCCGUACAGUGGCGGUUACGACAUCACGGUGAUCUACGGGCGUCCGAUCCCUCCUUGCGACGACACCUGCUACCCUCUCUCCUCCGCAGCCGAUGAAGAUUUCGAGUACGAGAGACCUGAAUUCACCUCGUACCAUGAUCCUUCCGCCUACGCCGAAGAAGCUCUCCAGACCGAGUACAGCAGCUACUCCCGCCCCAAGCCCCGACCCGGAUUUCGACCCGGUACAGCCGGAGGCGGUCACGUCCAAGGUGAAAGACCCGAUCCGGGUUACGGAUCCGGAUACGGUGGUCAGACGGAGGCUGAGUACGGUAGGAGACCUGAAUCGGGGUACGGUGGAGAGACGGAGACGGAGUAUGGCCGGAGACCUGAGCAGAGUUACGGAUCUGGUGGUUACGGUGGUAGAUCGGAGGUUGAAUCUGGAUAUGGAGGGAGAUCGGAGAGUGAGACCGGGUACGGAUCCGGGUAUGAGAAGAAACCGAGCUUUGGUGAGGAGAGGAGUGAGUAUGAGCGUAAGCCUAGCUAUGGAAGGUCUGAGGAGCAAGAAGAAGGUUACAGGAAGCCUAGCUAUGGGAGAUCUGAGGAGCAGGUUGAGAGUUACAUAAAGCCUAGCUAUGGAAGAUCUGAGGAAGAGGAGGGAAGUUACAGAAAGCCUAGCUAUGGAAGGUCUGAGGAGGAGGAAGGAGGAGGCUACAGGAAGCCUAGCUAUGGAAGAUCUGAGGAAGAGGAAGAAGGAGGCUAUAGGAAGCCUAGCUAUGGAAGGUCUGAGGAGCAGGUAGAGAGUUACAUAAAGCCAAGCUAUGGAAGAUCUGAGGAACAGGAGGAAGGGAGUUACAGGCAGCCUAGCUAUGGCCGUCGCAAUGAUGAUGAUGAAGAGGGCAGGAACCGUUCUGGUGGUGAUGAGGAAGGGAGCUAUGGCCGCAAGAAAUAUGGUGGCAAUGACUCUGAUGAUGAUGAUGAGGAGAAGAAACAGCAUCGUUACAAGCAUCACCACCACCAGAGGCGUCGUGAUGAAGACGAUGACUAA